CGUCUGCCAAGCAAAGCCGGGGGCGAGAAGAGAGAGCGGCGGGCGCAGCCCAGUCCCACCGGGGCAAGAGCAGCUGCCCCCCGUGCGGGGAACCAGGCGCCGCAGCGGCCCCCGCGCCCCUCCGAGCCGGAUUCCGGGGCAGCGCAACUUUCCUCGGAAGACACCCCCCGGCUCUGGUCCGUCGCUUUCUCCCCUCGCGUUGCUCCCGGCGGCUCCCCCCCCCCCCCGCCCUCCAUGCGCCGGGUGCAACUCUCCCCCCUUCGCCCCCCCAGCGCCUUGGCUGAGGCUUUGAACUGCACAAAACCGUCUAUUGAUUAACCCCCCCCCCAGCCGGGUCCAAGCUCUAGCAGGAGGCGAGAGGCUCCCGAGUUCGCAGGCGGGGAGAGCCGGGGCCCCUUGGGCGGGCGCAGCCGAGCCCCCGCUGGGCAGGGCCAGCCCCGCGCCGCCGGUGCAUGGACUGAGAUGGCCUCCGAGCUGGCCAUGAGCGGCGAGCUGCCCACCAGCCCGCUGGCCAUCGAGUACGUCAACGACUUCGACCUGAUGAAGUUCGAGGUGAAGAAGGAGCCGCCCGAGGCCGAGCGCUUCUGCCACCGCCUGCCCCCGGGCUCGCUCUCCUCCACCCCGCUCAGCACCCCUUGCUCCUCGGUGCCUUCCUCGCCCAGCUUCUGCGCGCCCAGCCCCGGCGGCCAGGCGGGCCCCGGCGCCGCGCCGCACCCGGGGAGCGCCGGCAAGGCGCCGCUGGAGGAUCUCUACUGGAUGUCGGGCUACCAGCACCCGCUCAACCCGGAGGCGCUGAACCUCACCCCGGAGGACGCGGUGGAGGCGCUGAUCGGCAACCCGCACCCGCUGCACGGCUACGAGGGCUUCCGCGGCCCGGGCUUCCCCGGCGAGGAGGCGGCCCCGGCCGGGCACCACCACCACCACCCCCCGCACCACCACCACCACCACCACGCGGCGCACCCGCACCACCACCACGCGGCGCACCCGCACCACCACCUGCGGCUGGAGGAGCGCUUCUCGGACGAGCAGCUGGUCAGCAUGUCGGUGCGGGAGCUGAACCGCCAGCUGCGGGGCUUCAGCAAGGAGGAGGUGAUCCGCCUCAAGCAGAAGCGGCGCACGCUGAAGAACCGCGGCUACGCCCAGUCCUGCCGCUACAAGCGGGUCCAGCAGCGGCACAUCCUGGAGAACGAGAAGUGCCAGCUGCAGGGCCAGGUGGAGCAGCUCAAGCAGGAGGUCUCCCGGCUGGCCAAGGAGCGGGACCUGUACAAAGAGAAGUACGAGAAGCUGGCCGGCCGCGGCUUCCCCCGGGAGCCGCCCCCCCAGGCUCCCCCCAAAGCCUCGGCCGAGUUCUUCAUGUGAACGGGCAUCGCCCUCCCCACCUGCCCCCGGGACUCCGUGUACAUAGAGGGGCCGGCUGCUGUACAUAGACUCGUGUUUUUAUGUGUCUCUCCGGGCUGCCAACCAACUCACCAAGCAGGCGCCCCCCCCCCAUGCAGGGCAAGGUCCCCCCCCCCCCCGCUUGCGUCUCCUUCCUUCCCUCCCCGCCUGGGCUGCCCACGAGAGCCCCAGCCCUGCGGCGAGCUCGCCUGGGUCCCAGCCGAGCCCCGGGGUCCUGCCCCUUGCAGGAGCCACGCGAGUUCCCCCGGCGCAUCCUCCUGCAUCUGUAGGUCCCCAGGGAAAGAGAGCCCGAGCUGGGACUGGGAGAGGCGAGGCAGCAAGGUGACAGCAGCCUCCAGACAUGGUCACACGCUCACUCCUGAGUCUUAACCUUGUGCAACACGAAAACUGUAA